CCUGAAGGAGAGGAGAUAAUCACAAGAGAGAGAGAGCAGUAGUCACAGCAGGUUAAGGUCCCCCAUUAGACUCCAGUCCUGUCCUCUGGAACACUCACCUGUCACCUGGCUCUCUCUCUCUCUGUCUGUCUCUACCCAACUAAGGAACGUGGGCCGGUAAGUCUGAGCUUUUGAACACUUGUUUUGUGUUCAUAAGAAUUAUUAUAAUUUUUCCACUUGGCUGUGUUGAUGUGAGCAACGUGAUUUGUGAGUAACGUGAAUAGGGUCCUUAGGGUUUUAGUGAUUUGUGAGUAAUGUGAAUAGGGUCCUGAGGGUUUUAGUGGAAGUGUAACGUGUACGCUCGGAGUCGGGAAGCAAGUACAGAGAGUGAAUUUAAUAAUGAAUGAAACAUGGAAAAAAAAACAAGAAACACGAGUAGCGUACGGACAUGAAACACUGGAACAGAAUCAAUAACGCCUGGGGAAGGAACCAAAGGGAGUGACAGAUAUAGGGGAGGUGAUCAGGAAGGUGAUGGAGUCCAGGUGAGUCUCAUAAUACGGAGCGGGUGCGCGUAACGAAGGUGGCAGGUGUGCGUGAUGAACAGUCAACUGGCGACCUCGAGCGCCUGAGAGGGGGAGCGAGAGUAGACGUGACAGGAAGAGUAAUGUGAGUAGGGGUCAUUAGGGUUUUAGUGGAAGAGUAAUGUUCAGAGUAAUGUGAGUAGGGGUCUUUAGGGUUUUAGUGGAAGAGUGAUGUUCAGAGUAAUGUGAGUAGGGGUCUUUAGGGUUUUAGUGGAAGAGUGAUGUUCUGGUCAUCAUCUCUACAGAUGUGGUGGAAAGUAGGAUUGUUUUGUGAUACAGUAGAUAAACAUAAUCGUUAUAUUUUAACAUCAUUGUUGAUACACUCCUCUCCUCUUGGAGAAGAACAAAUUAAGCAAUUUGUCUUAUUACACAUAGGAGUUUAAAUAAGAGCAACUGAUAUGUUUUGACACAGGCAUAUGCAGAAAUACUGUAUAUAAUAUAAUAUAAUAAUAUAAUAUAAUAUAAUAUAAUAUAAUAUAAUAUAAUAUAUAAUAUAUAAUAUAAUAUAAUAUAAUAUAUAAUAUAAUAUGCCAUUUAGCAGACGCUUUUAUCCAAAGCGACUUAUAGUCAUGCGUGCAGACAUUUUUUUCUGCAUAAACAUAGACUAACAAUUUGGGCCGUUUUUAACAUGUAAAUCACACAUCUGUACUUAUACUAUAAACAUGUAAGUUAUUGAUUUUAGAAUAAGCGAUGACUCAUGUAUGCAAAGCGUUGUUUUCACAUCUGAAUUUAUAUAACAGGAAACAGAACAUGCGUAUGAUACAUCUCUCUGGUUAAACAUUGACUCCUGUUCCUGUAAUGACAGCCUUAUUUGAAUGCCUGCAAUUAAGUCUCAGAUAUGAUGUAUUUCCAGGCUUAUCUGUUGGCUCUCAGUUUUAUAUGUGUUGGAUGGAAUAUCAAUCGUAUUGUGUCAGUUCCUUACAGUAAGUAAGUCAAACACAUUUGAGUAAGACACAUUUUGGUUGUUAAUUAGCCUAUUUCCCUUUUAUGUUAUUAACUGUUUCUUCCAAAAAAUAAUUCAAUAAUGUCUUAUUAAUAGAAUGUAACUUUAAAACCACUUUUAGUUUAGUAUUGAGUAUAGGUCGUUAUCAAUACAACUUUUAGUUUAGUACUGAGUAUAGGUCGUUAUCAAUACAACUUUUAGUUUAGUAUUGAGUAUAUGUCGUUAUCUCCCGAGUGGCGCAGUGGUCUAAGGCAGAUAUCCUAGUUCGAAUCCAGGCUCUGUCGUAGCCGGCCGUGACCGGGAGACCCAUGGGGCGGCGCACAAUUGGCCCAGCGUCGUCUAGGGUAGGGGAGGGAAUGGCCAGCAGGGAUGUAGCUCAGUUGGUAGAGCAUGGCGUUUGCAACGCCAGUGUUGCGGGUUCGAUUCCCACGGGGGGUAUGAAAAAUAUAUAUAUAAUAAUGUAUGCACUCACUAAAAACUGUAAGUCGCUCUGGAUAAGAGCAUCUGCUAAAUGACUUAAAUGUAAUGUAAACGUUAUCAAUACAACUUUUAGUUUAGUAUUGAGUAUAUCAGCUUUCUAUAGGCUAGGCCUACUAUAUUUAUUUCUCAACUUUCCUAAUAUGAAGCACAUUGCUUCUCUUUACAACAGGAGUAUAGCCUACCUGGCUGGCAUGAACAUUAACCACAGGAAAAAAAGCAUGCUCCCUUCGCAAUUUAAGUGCAUAGAUGACAUGUAUUGGUUUUCACCUGCCCCUGUUUCGAUACAGGUGCAUGAUAACGGUCCGUUCUAAAUCAAAACUAAUUUCAGUUAUUUAGUGUAUGUAAAGACAAGAUUCAAUCAAGAGUAAUCUGAUAGGUGACAAUAUUAGCCUAUCACUAGUGAAUGACAUAGUAUCACUAGUGAAUGACAUAGUAUCACUAGUGAAUGACAUAGUAUCACUAGUGAAUGACAUAGUAUCACUAGUGAAUGACAUAGUAUCACUAGGGAAUGACAUAGUACCACUAGUGAAUGACAUAGUAUCACUAGUGAAUGACAUAGUAUCACUAGUGAAUGACAUAGUAUCACUUGUGAAUGACAUAGUAUCACUUGUGAAUGACAUAGUAUCACUUGUGAAUGACAUAGUAUCACUAGUGAAUGACAUAGUAUCACUUGUGAAUGACAUAGUAUCACUAGUGAAUGACAUAGUAUCACUAGUGAAUGACAUAGUAUCACUAGUGAAUGACAUAGUAUCACUAGUGAAUGACAUAGUAUCACUAGUGAAUGACAUAGUAUCACUAGUGAAUGACAUAGUAUCACUUGUGAAUGACAUAGUAUCACUUGUGAAUGACAUAGUAUCACUAGUGAAUGACAUAGUAUCACUUGUGAAUGACAUAGUAUCACUUGUGAAUGAUAUAGUAUCACUAGUGAAUGACAUAGAAUCACUAGUGAAUGACAUAGUAUCACUAGUGAAUGACAUAGUAUCACUAGUGAAUGACAUAGUAUCACUUGUGAAUGACAUAGUAUCACUUGUGAAUGACAUAGUAUCACUAGUGAAUGACAUAGUAUCACUUGUGAAUGACAUAGUAUCACUUGUGAAUGACAUAGUAUAACUUGUGAAUGACAUAGUAUCACUUGUGAAUGACAUAGUAUCACUAGUGAAUGACAUAGUAUCACUAGUGAAUGACAUAGUAUCACUUGUGAAUGACAUAGUAUCACUUGUGAAUGACAUAGUAUCACUAGUGAAUGACAUAGUAUCACUUGUGAAUGACAUAGUAUCACUAGUGAAUGACAUAGUAUCACUAGUGAAUGACAUAGUAUCACUAGUGAAUGACAUAGUAUCACUAGUGAAUGACAUAGUAUCACUAGUGAAUGACAUAGUAUCACUAGUGAAUGACAUAGUAUCACUUGUGAAUGACAUAGUAUCACUUGUGAAUGACAUAGUAUCACUUGUGAAUGACAUAGUAUCACUAGUGAAUGACAUAGUAUCACUAGUGAAUGACAUAGUAUCACUAGUGAAUGACAUAGUAUCACUAGUGAAUGACAUAGUAUCACUAGUGAAUGACAUAGUAUCACUAGUGAAUGACAUAGUAUCACUUGUGAAUGACAUAGUAUCACUUGUGAAUGACAUAGUAUCACUAGUGAAUGACAUAGUAUCACUUGUGAAUGACAUAGUAUCACUUGUGAAUGAUAUAGUAUCACUAGUGAAUGACAUAGUAUCACUAGUGAAUGACAUAGUAUCACUAGUGAAUGACAUAGUAUCACUAGUGAAUGACAUAGUAUCACUAGUGAAUGACAUAGUAUCACUUGUGAAUGACAUAGUAUCACUUGUGAAUGACAUAGUAUCACUAGUGAAUGACAUAGUAUCACUUGUGAAUGACAUAGUAUCACUUGUGAAUGACAUAGUAUCACUUGUGAAUGACAUAGUAUCACUUGUGAAUGACAUAGUAUCACUUGUGAAUGACAUAGUAUCACUUGUGAAUGAUAUAGUAUCACUAGUGAAUGACAUAGUAUCACUAGUGAAUGACAUAGUAUCACUAGUGAAUGACAUAGUAUCACUAGUGAAUGACAUAGUAUCACUAGUGAAUGACAUAGUAUCACUUGUGAAUGACAUAGUAUCACUUGUGAAUGACAUAGUAUCACUAGUGAAUGACAUAGUAUCACUUGUGAAUGACAUAGUAUCACUUGUGAAUGACAUAGUAUCACUUGUGAAUGACAUAGUAUCACUUGUGAAUGACAUAGUAUCACUUGUGAAUGACAUAGUAUCACUUGUGAAUGAUAUAGUAUCACUAGUGAAUGACAUAGUAUCACUAGUGAAUGACAUAGUAUCACUAGUGAAUGACAUAGUAUCACUAGUGAAUGACAUAGUAUCACUUGUGAAUGACAUAGUAUCACUUGUGAAUGACAUAGUAUCACUAGUGAAUGACAUAGUAUCACUUGUGAAUGACAUAGUAUCACUUGUGAAUGACAUAGUAUAACUUGUGAAUGACAUAGUAUCACUUGUGAAUGACAUAGUAUCACUAGUGAAUGACAUAGUAUCACUAGUGAAUGACAUAGUAUCACUUGUGAAUGACAUAGUAUCACUUGUGAAUGACAUAGUAUCACUAGUGAAUUACAUAGUAUCACUUGUGAAUGACAUAGUAUCACUAGUGAAUGACAUAGUAUCACUAGUGAAUGACAUAGUAUCACUAGUGAAUGACAUAGUAUCACUAGUGAAUGACAUAGUAUCACUUGUGAAUGACAUAGUAUCACUUGUGAAUGACAUAGACAUAGUAUCACUUGUGAAUGACAUAGUAUCACUUGUGAAUGACAUAGUAUCACUUGUGAAUGACAUAGUAUCACUUGUGAAUGACAUAGUAUCACUUGUGAAUGACAUAGUAUCACUUGUGAAUGAUAUAGUAUCACUAGUGAAUGACAUAGUAUCACUAGUGAAUGACAUAGUAUCACUAGUGAAUGACAUAGUAUCACUUGUGAAUGACAUAGUAUCACUUGUGAAUGACAUAGUAUCACUAGUGAAUGACAUAGUAUCACUUGUGAAUGACAUAGUAUCACUUGUGAAUGACAUAGUAUCACUUGUGAAUGACAUAGUAUCACUUGUGAAUGACAUAGUAUCACUUGUGAAUGAUGCCCAGCAUGCCUUUUUCUGCGACUUUUUCAAAUCAUCGUUGCACACCUCAUGUAGCCUAGCCCAUAGGCCUAUAUGUUUUGAUAAGGUUUGUAUCACAACUAAAGCGGCCAAAUAACUUCUUAAAAUUAAGCACGUGAAUCUGCUUUACAAGCGGUUUAGAGCCUAACUGGCAUACAUACGCAGCGGUUGAGUUUCAAGUUUGGGGAAGAUAAUUUUCACCAUAAAAAUGUACCUUUAUAAUAAAAGCAUUACAUGCAUAAUCGCAUUUGCGGUCACUUUUGAGAAUGGUGUUUUCCUGCUAAUUGAUUGCAUUUUGGAACGUUCGCACUUAUAGCCUACUGCCAUGUGCACAUUGCUGCGCUUAUAAUGUGAAGAAAUAGCCUAAUAGUUUAUCAACAUUUUAAGCUAAACGUUCUGAUCUGUUGUGUCAGCCACAUUGCGGAAAAAAUGUUUUUUUAUGCUAGUGGUUGUAUUAAUUUGGGAUCUAUCGCAUCCCACAACUGUCCCAGACUAUAUUUGGAGUAUUUAUUUCUCGUACAGAAUAGAAUAGGUCAACUUUUGUACUAUGGAGGAUAGUAGAUUGACAUAGGCUAAUGCUUCUGCUGUUCGUUAGGCCUACUCAUCUUAUUGGCUUACGAAAAAUGUAAUGUGGACAGUUCUUCCAACAUCUUCAAUAUGCACCUCAGAAUUGGCUAAGGACGCGUGCAGUUGUGUCCCCGAUGUGUCUGUCUUCACUUGUAGCCUGUGAGAAGGACCCAAUCACGUGUGAUUUGCUAAUAAGAAUUUUGCUAUCUGAGAGAGCCAUGUGAGUGAGAGGUGCUUCGGAGCACACAGCCGGGAGAAGGGAAUUAUAAUUAUGAUAUGCAGCCCGAGGGCACAACGACCACAGCCACAUAAAGGGAAUGCCGCUAGAAAAUGUAUAUUAAAAUUAAAAAUUUAAAAUAUAAAAAUAUUUAAAAACAUCAAGUGCUUGUCAAAUUGUGAAUGAGAGACUGAUGAAGUGUGUGCAGCCUGAGCAAGAAACAGAGCAGAGCUCAUGCCUUUCAUGCAACUUUUUUCAAAUCUUCAUGAGAGUCGCAUCAUGCAGCCUUAGAAUGUAUUAAAAAUCUAAACAUAUAGCCCAAUGUUUGUAAUCACAACUUAAGUGCAUAAAUAACUCUAAAUUAAACAUAUAGGAGGACCUGUUUCUUUGUUAACCGCUCAACACAGAAUAGCCGCAUGUGCGCACUCCCUCAAAUUGUUUGGAGAAAAUAUCCUUUCUAUUUUAUUCAGCUAUGUUCAAUUGUAUUCUUCAUACUAUAAAAUAAUAUAAAAUAAUGCCAUGGAAUUCUAAGCAAAUCUUGUCUGCCAAAUGAACUACUGUUAGCCCACAGCCAUUUGGCAUAGCCAGAUCGCGGCGUAACAUAAGGACAACUCAGAGUAUGCUAUUCUGUUCAUCUGAAAUAGACUACAUUUUCUUCAUAUCAUGUUUCUUUAGACCUGUCUAAAAUAAAUAAUGGAUUUAUUGUGCUUGUGUAGGCUAUAUUACAUGGAUUUAUUAGACUUUUUUAAAUGUAGAUGUUCCAAAGGUCUGCAUCAGUGGCUUGUAGGCUAUGCGUGGAAGCCAGGAGAUGCUAAAUGUGUUUAUGUUAAUUAACGGUCAAUUACCGUGAGACCAACAGUUAUUUGCUUGACAAUCACCGGCUGACAAAGUUUAAUGACCGCCACAUCCCUAUGUCACGGUUUCGGCCGAGGCUGCUCCUCCUCCUGGUUCGGGCAGGCUUCGGCGGUCGUCGUCCCCGGAGUACUAGCUGCCACCGAUCUAUGUUUCAUGUUCGUUUGGUUUUGUCUGGAUGUUGUACACCUGUGUCUUGUUAGUCCUCGAUAGUGUCCUAUUUAGUUCUCGUUGUGUGUGCUUGUCGUUGUGUGUGAUUGCGCUUCUGUUUCGUGUUUGGAGCUUCAUUUUCCCUCCAGUGUUUUGGAGAGGUUAUUUUGCACAUGUUUGUGCGCCAUUUGUUUUGUCGCCUGUGUGCGCCGUGUAUUCGCCUUCGGGCUUAUUGUGCUUCUGUCUUUUAUAUAUAUUGCACUAAAGCCUUUGGACUGAGCCUCUGCGUCCUGCGCAUGAUUCAUACACCACACCCACCUUCAGCACGCCUUGACACCCUAGGUGUGAAUACUUUCUGAAGGCACUGUAGGACUACCUAGCAAAGUUAGCUAACAUUAUCCCCUUUUCAACAUAGUUUAAAAAAAAAAGUGUUUAAUCAUGAAUGCUGCUUACAGACAUAAUAGGCUAUAUUUAUUGAUGGACCACGUCAAAUUGGCUAGCUAGCUAAUAACAGAUCGCGUCAAUAUGGCUAGUUAACAAGCUAACUACAGAUCAGGUCAAUACGGCUAGUUAACAAGCUAACUUUCAGGGGAUAAACUAGAUGGCUAUAUCCAAUAUUGUUUGAUUUGCUUGCCAUCUACAGUGGUGAGGACAGUAGUGAGACAGACAACUUUACUAGGACGAGGACUUGCCGAUGUCGAGCUCUUUCCAAAAACCUGAUCUAUGAUGAAGCAAGCUAAAUUACAUGUUGUUUGCUUAGCUAGCUAGCUAGCUACAUGCCGGAUGGAUAGGCUACCCGCACGUACAGUGGGGAGAACAAGUAUUUGAUAGACUGCCGAUUUUGCAGGUUUUCCAACUUACAAAGCAUGUAGAGGUCUGUCAUUUUUAUCAUAGGUACACUUCAACUGUGAGAGACGGAAUCUAAAACAAAAAUCCAGAAAAUCACAUUGUAUGAUAUUUAAGUAAUUAAUUUGCAUUUUAUUGCAUGACAUAAGUAUUUGAUACAUCAGAAAAGCAGAACUUAAUAUUUGGUACAGAAACCUUUGUUUGCAAUUACAGAGAUAAUACGUUUCCUGUAGGUCUUGACCAGGUUUGCACACACUGCAGCAGGGAUUUUGGCCCACUUCUCCAUACAGACCUUCUCCAGAUCCUUCAGGUUUCGGGGCUGUUGCUGGGCAAUACAGACUUUCAGCUCCCUCCAAAGAUUUUCUAUUGGGUUCAGGUCUGGAGACUGGCUAGGCCACUCCAGGACCUUGAGAUGCUUCUUACGGAGCCACUCCUUAGUUGCCCUGGCUGUGUGUUUCGGGUCGUUGUCAUGCUGGAAGACCCAGCCACGACCCAUCUUCAAUGCUCUUACUGAGGGAAGGAGGUUGUUGGCCAAGAUCUCGCGAUACAUGGCCCCAUCCAUCCUCCCCUCAAUACGGUGCAGUCGUCCUGUCCCCUUUGCAGAAAAGCAUCCCCAAAGAAUGAUGUUUCCACCUCCAUGCUUCACGGUUGGGAUGGUGUUCUUGGGGUUGUACUCAUCCUUCUUCUUCCUCCAAACACGGCGAGUGGAGUUUAGACCAAAAAGCUCUAUUUUUGUCUCAUCAGACCACAUGACCUUCUCCCAUUCCUCCUCUGGAUCAUCCAGAUGGUCAUUGGCAAACUUCAGACGGGCCUGGACAUGCGCUGGCUUGAGCAGGGGGACCUUGCGUGCGCUGCAGGAUUUUAAUCCAUGACGGCAUAGUGUGUUACUAAUGGUUUUCUUUGAGACUGUGGUCCCAGCUCUCUUCAGGUCAUUGACCAGGUCCUGCCGUGUAGUUCUGGGCUGAUCCCUCACCUUCCUCAUGAUCAUUGAUGCCCCACGAGGUGAGAUCUUGCAUGGAGCCCCAGACCUAGGGUGAUUGACCGUCAUCUUGAACAUCUUACAUUUUCUAAUAAUUGCGCCAACAGUUGUUGCCUUCUCACCAAGCUGCUUGCCUAUUGUCCUGUAGCCCAUCCCAGCCUUGUGCAGGUCUACAAUUUUAUCCCUGAUGUCCUUACACAGCUCUCUGGUCUUGGCCAUUGUGGAGAGGUUGGAGUCUGUUUGAUUGAGUGUGUGAACAGGUGUGUUUUAUACAGGUAACGAGUUCAAACAGGUGCAGUUAAUACAGGUAAUGAGUGGAGAACAGGAGGGCUUCUUAAAGAAAAACUAACAGGUCUGUGAGAGCCGGAAUUCUUAUUGGUUGGUAGGUGAUCAAAUACUUAUGUCAUGCAAUAAAAUGCAAAUGAAUUCCUUAAAAAUCAUACAAUGUGAUUUUCUGGAUUUUUGUUUUAGAUUCCAUCUCUCACAGUUGAAGUGUACCUAUGAUAAAAAAUUACAGACCUCUACAUGCUUUGUAAGUAGGAAAACCUGCAAAAUCGGCAGUGUAUCAAAUACUUGUUCUCCCCACUGUAUCUGAUUGACUGAGAAGGUGUUUUGAGUUCUAAAAUGUACUUCAAUGGUAUUUUGAGUUCUAAAAUGUACUUCUAUGGUGUUUUGAGUUCUAAAAUGUACUUCAAUUGUAUUUUGAGUUCUAAAAUGUACUUCAAUGGUAUUUUGAGUUCUAAAAUGUACUUCUAUGGUAUUUUGAGUUCUAAAAUGUACUUCUAUUGUAUUUUGAGUUCUAAAAUGUACUUCAAUGGUAUUUUGAGUUCUAAUAAGAAGAAAAUGUCACUUACACCACAUAGGUGCAGGGAAAUACGUUGUUUUACAGGGUCAGCCAGAGUAGUACAGGACCCAUUUUGAGUUCUAAUAUGCAAUUCUAGGAUGUUUUGAGUUCUAAUAUAUCAUUCUAUGGUGUUUUGACAUAUAAUAUGUCAUUCUAUGGUGUUUUGACAUAUAAUAUGUCAUUCUAUGGUGUUUUGACAUAUAAUAUGUCAUUCUAUGGUGUUUUGACAUAUAAUAUGUCAUUCUAUGGUGUUUUGUGUGUAGUCUGAGUUAGCAGGCCUGCUGAGGAUGGAGGGCAGUCUGCUGCUGCUGUGUCUUGUGAUCCUCUUCGCUGGAGGUGAGUACCUACCUGGGUCUCUAAACACAUCCUCUCGCUGGAGGUGAGUACCUACCUGGGUCUCUAAACACAUCCUCUUCGCUGGAGGUGAGUACCUACCUGGGUCUCUAAACACAUCCUCUCGCUGGAGGUGAGUACCUACCUGGGUCUCUAAACACAUCCUCUCGCUGGAGGUGAGUACCUACCUGGGUCUCUAAACACAUCCUCUCGCUGGAGGUGAGUACCUACCUGGGUCUCUAAACACAUCCUCUCGCUGGAGGUGAGUACCUACCUGGGUCUCUAAACACAUCUUCUCGCUGGAGGUGAGUACCUACCUGGGUCUCUAAACACAUCCUCUUCGCUGGAGGUGAGUACCUACCUGGGUCUCUAAACACAUCCUCUCGCUGGAGGUGAGUACCUACCUGGGUCUCUAAACACAUCCUCUCGCUGGAGGUGAGUACCUACCUGGGUCUCUAAACACAUCCUCUCGCUGGAGGUGAGUACCUACCUGGGUCUCUAAACACAUCCUCUUCGCUGGAGGUGAGUACCUACCUGGGUCUCUAAACACAUCCUCUUCGCUGGAGGUGAGUACCUACCUGGGUCUCUAAACACAUCCUCUCGCUGGAGGUGAGUACCUACCUGGGUCUCUAAACACAUCCUCCCUGCAUCCCAAAUGGCACCUUAUUCCCUAAGUAGAGCAUUUAUUUUGACCCCACAGGGAAUACGAGCCCUGGUCAAAAGUAGUACCCUAUAUAGUGAAUAGGAUGUGGUUAGAGACCCAGGACUCCUGUUGCACUGUCUAUUUAACCGCAUUAACUUUACGUCUAAUAAUGUGAUGUCUAUUCAUACAUUGAUACUGUAUGUUUAAUGGCAAUUUCACAGAUACAGCGAGGAAGUUUAAACUCAAUGUUAUCAAUAUUAUUGUGAAGUAGGACCCAUUUUGCUUUGGACUUGAUAUGAUUACUCGUCAUUUAUUUCUGAUGAAACUGUCUCUGCUUUUUCUACAGCUCAAAGCCAAAACCGAAUCCCGAGCAUUUCAACAAUUUUUGCCGAAGUAGUGGAAGAUACUCCAAUAAGUAUGUGUUUAUUGUACUCAGUAAUAUGAAAGGUUUUUUAUAACAAAAUAGUAUGUCAAUUCAUGCAUGCUCUUUGCCACAUACUGGUUUUUGACUCACAUUUUGUCAACCCAACACCCUCUCCCUUCAGAUGAGUUUGCCUUUCAAAUAGAAGCAUCUGAUCCUGAUUCUGACCCACUUACAUACAAGAUUGAAGGGACAAAAUCAACCUACUUUAAUGUCGACCCAAACACAGGGAGAGUAACCAUCCGGAUACCCUUGGAGAGAGAUGAUGUAGGUCCUCGUCUCCCAUUUGAGUAUUUCAGGAUUGUUUCAGCCAUUUUAUUAUUUCAGGAUUGUUUCAGCCAUUUUAUUAUUUCAGUAUUGUUUCAGCCAUUUUAUUAUUUCAGUAUUGUUUCAGCCAUUUUAUUAUUUCAGGAUUGUUUCAGCCAUUUCAGUAUUUGGAGUAUUGUUUCAGCUAUUUUAGUAUUAUUCCAGCCAUUUUAGUAUUAUCAGCCAUUUGAGUAUUUCAGUAUUGUUUCAGCCAUUUCAGUGUUUAAGUAUUAUUUCAGCCAUUUCAAUAUUUCAGUAUUUUAGCCUUUAUUUUGCCUAACCUGAAUCUCUAAUUGAUUAGCUUAUAUUUGUUUAGGGCAAUGGUGUAUUCUCUAUCGGCGUUGUGGUUUCUGACGGUGUUUAUACAGUAAGUUCACAGUAAAGCCUCUAACUAUUUUCACAGUCCACACAUCCAGAACAAAUUCCAGAAAGCUCCGUUCCAUCUCAUAUUGCUCAAAUAAACAUCAAACCUGGUUUCAGAAAACAGAUAAAGCAACACCUCACGGCACAACACCUCUCCCCUAUUUGACCUAGAUAGUUUGUGUCUAUGUAUUGAUAUGUAGGCUACGUGUGCCUUUAAAAUUGUUUUAUGUAGUUCUGUCCUUGAGCUGUUCUUGUCUAUUAAUGUUCUGUAUUAUGUCAUGUUUCGUGUUUUGUGUGGACCCCAGGAAGAGUAGCUGCUGCUUUUGCAACAGCUAAUGGGGAUCCUAAUAAAAUACCAAACUUUAAAAAAAAUUUAACUAUACUUUUAUAGAUUUCUUUUAUUGUUUUUAAACACAUUGAUACAUGUUUUAUAACAAUAUAUCAUGUCGUCUUUUUUAGACUCCCGGUGUAAUUCAGAUAAUCAUAACAGAUGCGAAUGAUAACCGACCCAUAUUUGAAAAUGCACCUUACAACGAAAAUGUCAAAGAAGUAAGUACAAUGACUAAUUUUACAUUCCUUUAAUAAGAAUUUCAUUUAUAUGGCAGAUUCAAUUAAUUUCCAGCCAUAACUAAGAAAUUGUGGGCAACUUCAUGAGCCUGUGAAAUCAUCUCAACUGACUAUGGUUUCAAAACUAAUUUACAAAGUUACCCACAUUUUCAGAAAUGUUGGUAAACUAUCAGGUAAUUUGGGAAAUCUAUAGAAACUUUGGUAAUUUAUACUUGAAUAACGUUUUUGAAAUGUAUUUAUAUUAUUUUCAUAUUAUUUACAGAAAGUAUUCUUAUCCCUUGGCUUUUUCCGUAUUUUGUUGUGUUAAACCUUGAAUUCAAAAUGGAUUCAAUAGAUUUUCUUCUCACCCAUCUACACACAAUAAAAGUUAAAUGAAGUGAAAACAUGUUUUUAGACAUUUUAGCAAAUGUAUUGAAAAUGAAAUACAAAAAUAUCUAAUUUACAGAAGUAUUCACACCACUGAGUCAAUACAUGUUAGAAUCACCUUUGUCAGCGAUUACAGCUGUGAGUCUUUCUGGGUAAGUCUCUAAGAGCUUUGCACACCUGGAUUGUAAAAUAUUUGCUAUGUCAAGUUGGUUGAUCAUUGCUAGACAGCCAUUUUCAAGUCUUGCCAUAGAUUAUCAAGUCGAUUUAAGUCAAAACUGUAACUAGGCCACUCAGGAACAUUCAGUGUCAUCUUGGUAAGCAACUCCAAUGUAUAUUUGGCCUUGUGUUUUAGGUUACUGUCCUGUUGAAAGGUGAAUUUGUCUCCCAGUGUCUGUUGGAAGCAGACUGAACCAGGUUUUUCUCUAGCAUUUUGCCUGUGCUUAGCUCUAAUCCUAAAAAACUCCAUAGACCUUGCUGAUGACAAGCAUACCCAUAACAUGAUGCAGCCACCACCAUGCUUGAUAAUGUGAAGAGUGGUACUCAGUGAUGUGUUGUGUUGGAUUUCCCCAAACAAAAUGCUUUGUAUUCAGGACAUAAAAUGAAUUUCUUUGCCACAUUUUUCUCAGUUUUACUUUAGUGCCUUGUUACAAACAGGAUCCAUGCUUUGGAAUAUUUUUUAUUCUGUACAAGCAUCCUUCUUUUCACUCUGUCAUUUAGGUUAGUAUUGUGGACUAACUACAAUGUUGUUGAUCCAUCCUCAGUUUUUCCUAUCACAGCCAUUAAACUCUGUAAUUGUUUUAAAGUCAUCCUUGGCCUCAUGGUGAAAUCCCUGAGUGGUGUCCUUAGGAAGGACGCCUUAGGAAGGACGCCUGUAUCUUUGUAGUGACUGAGUGUAUUGAUACACCAUCCAAAGUGUAAUUAAUAAUUUCCCCAUCAAAGGGAUAUUCAAUGUCUGCUUUUAUUAUUUUUAUUUUUUUACCAAUACAGUGCCUUGCAAAAGUGUUCAUCCCCCUUGGCGUUUUUCCUAUUUUGUUGCAUUACAACCUGUAAUUCAAAUGGAUUUUUAUUUGGAUUUCAUGUAAUGGACAUACACAAAAUAGUCCAAACUGAUAAAGUGAAAUGAAAAAAUUAACUAGUUUCCAAAAAUUCUAAAAAAUAAAUCAAGGAAAAGUGGUGCGUGCAUACAGUUGAAGUCGGAAGUUUUCAUACACUUAGGUUGGAAUCAUUAAAACUCGUUUUCCAACCACUCCACAAAUUUCUUGUUAACAAACUAUAGUUUUGGCAAGUCAGUUAGGACAUCUACUUUAUGCAUGAAAAAAAUGAUGUCAUGGCUUUAGAAGCUUCUAAUAGGCUAAUUGACAUCAUUUGAGUCAAUUGGAGGUGUACCUGUGGAUGUAUUUCAAGGUCUACCUUCAAACUCAGUGCCUUUUUGCUUGACAUCAUGGGAAAAUCAAAAGAAAUCAGCCAAGACAUCAUAAAAAAAAUUGUAGACCUCCACAAGUCUGGUUCAUCCUUGGGAGCAAUUUCCAAACGCCUGAAGGUACCACGUUCAUCUUUACAAACAAUAGUACGCAAGUAUAAACACCAUGGGACCACGCAACCGUCAUACCACUCAGGAAGGAGAUGUGUUCUGUCUCCUAGAGAUGAACGUACUUUGGUGCGAAAAGUGUAAAUAAAUCCCAGAACAACAGCAAAGGACCUUGUGAAGAUGCUGGAGGAAACAAGUACAAAAGUAUCUAUAUCCACAGUAAAACGAGUCCUAUAUCGAUAUAACCUGAAAGGCCGCUCAGCAAGGAAGAAGCCACUGCUCCAAAACCGCCAUAAAAAGCCAGACUACGGUUUGCAACUGCACAUGGGGACAAAGAUUGUACUUUUUGGAGAAAUGUCCUCUGGUCUGAAAAAAAUAGAACUGUUUGGCCAUAAUGACCAUUGUUAUGUUUGGAGGAAAAAGGGGACUGCUUGCACGGGGGUGGCAGCAUCUUGCUGUGGGGGUGCUUUGCUGCAGGAGGGACUGGUGCCCUUCACAAAAUAGAUGGCAUCAUGAGGAAGGAAAAUUAUGUGGAUAUAUUGAAGCAACAUCUCAAGACAUCAGUCAGGAAGUUAAAGCUUGGUCGCAAAUUGAUCUUCCAAAUGGACAAUGACCCCAAGCAUACUUCCAAAGUUGUGGCAAAAUGGCUUAAGGACAACAAAGUCAAAUUAUUGGAGUGGCCAUCACAAAGCCCUGACCUCAAUCCUAUAGAACAUUUGUAUCAGAACUGAAAAAGUGUGUGCGAGCAAGGAGGCCUACAAACCUGACUCAGUUACACCAGCUCUGUCAGGAGGAAUGGGCCAAAAUUCACCCAACUUAUUGUGGGAAGCUUGUGGAAGGCUACCCGAAACGUUUGACCCAAGUUAAACAAUUUAAAGGCAAUGCUACCAAAUACUAAUUGAGUGUAUGUAAACUUCUGACCCACUGGGAAUGUCAUGAAAUAAAUAAAAGCUGAACUAAAUCACUCUCUCUAUUAUUACUCUGACAUUUCACAUUCUUAAAAUAAAGUGGUGAUCCUAACUGACCUAAGACAGGGAAUUUUUACUAGGAUUAAAUGUCAGCAAUUGUGAAAAACUGAGUUUAAAUGUAUUUGGCUAAGGUGUAUGUAAACUACUUAUUGACUGAAGAAAAUGCAGCUUUUAUUUGUUUAUUAAUUUGUAAAUGCCUAAAAACAUAUUUCCACUAUGAUAUUUUUGGGUAUUGUGUGUAGGCCAGUGACACAAAAUUUCAAUUUAAUCCAUUUUAAAUUCAGGCUGUAACAUAACAAAAUGUGGAAAAUUCAAGGGGUGUGAAUACUUUUUGAAGGCACUGUAUAUCUGUGUCCAUGAGUUUCUAGUAAAAAAAGACCAUAUGGUUCAGGAGAAAACAACAUCAUUAUUAAUGAAAAAACAAUUAUAUAAUUUGCAAUGAACUCUACAAACACUACCAACUGUUGACUGCCACUAGUUCUGCCCAAAAACCUUUCAAAGAUAUAUUGACAUAGUAAAUAAAGAAAGAACAAAUGUAACAAUAUAAAGGAUAUUAUGUUAUGAAAAUUCCCUAAAAUCUUUUAAUGUUUUCAAAAUUCAGUUAGUUUAAUGGCACAUUUUGAAAGUUACCGGUAACGUUCCUUCCCUACAACUGACUAUGCCUGAUCAUAUUGAGAUUAGUGGUCUUUCUAUUUUUUAAUCAUCACUGUAUGUGUUUAUUUCAUGAAAAUAACUCCCAACUAUAUUUGUAAUAUGCUCAGUCCGAUCUUGUAGGCGUGUUGAUACAAAUUUAAAUAUAUUUACCUACACAGCCCUGAUUGGCGUAUAGGAUCGUCUAGACUCUACAGCCUUCCCCGCUUACCCCUUCAAAGUAGGAUACAUAUGCAAAUCAAAUAUGAUCAGAUCAGAUACGACUGGUCAUUGGUCAGAAUAAUGAUGCUGUGGGCCAAUAACUCCAUCCCACCAGAACAGGCUGAAAUUACAGGCAUUUUUUUUCUUUAAAAAGUUCUUACACUAAAAGGGCAUUAUCAUCAUUUUUAAUUUUAAAGUGUUAUUUUGACGUAGUGUGGAAAUAUAUAAUAUAUAUAUAUAUACAGUGCAUUCGGAAAGUAUUCAGACCCCUUGACUUUUUCCACAUUUUGUUACGUUAUAGCCUUAUUCUAAAAUUGAUUAAAUUGAUAUUUUUCACUCAUCAAUCUACACACAAUACCCCAUAAUGACAAAGCAACAACUGGUUUUUAGAAAUGUUUGCACAUUUAUACAAAUAAAAAACUGAAAUAUCAUAUUUACAUACGUUUUCAGAACCUUUACUCAGUACUUUGUUGAAGCACCUUUGGCAGCGAUUACAGCCUUGAGUCUUCUUGGGUAAGACAUCUACAAGCUUAGACACCUGUAUUUGGGGAGUUUCUCCCAUUCUUCUCUGCAGAUCCUCUCAAGCUCUGUCAGGUUGGAUGGGGAGCGUCGCUGCACAGCUAUUUUCAGGUCUCUCCAGAGAUGUUCGAUCGGGUUCAAGUCCUGGCUCUGGCUAGGCCACUCAAGGACAUUCAGAGACUUGUCCCGAAGCCACUCCUGCGUUGUCUUGGCUGUGUGCUUAGGGUCGUUGUCCUGUUGGAAGGUGAACCUUCGCCCCAGUCUGAGGUCCUGAGCGCUCUGGAGCAGGUUUUCAUCAAGGAUCUCUCUGUACUUUGCUCAGUUCAUCUUUCUCUCGAUCCUGACUAGACUGGGGUGAAGGUUCACCUUCCAACAGGGCAACGACCCUAAGCACACAGCCAAGACAACGCAGGAGUGGCUUCGGGACAAGUCUCGGAAUUGAACCCGAUCGAACAUCUCUGGAGAGACCUGAAAAUAGCUGUGCAGCAACGCUCCCCAUCCAACCUGACAGAGCUUGAGAGGAUCUGCAGAGAAGAAUGGGAGAAACUCCCCAAAUACAGGUGUGCCAAGCUUGUAGCAUCAUACCCAAUAAUACUUAUUUUUUUCAUUGGGUACUGUGUAUAGAUUAGUAAUACAAAAAAUAUAUAAAUAAAAUAGAAUAAGGCUGUAACGUAGCAAAAUGUGGAAAAAGUCAAGGGGUCUGAAUACUUUCCGAAUGCACUAAAAAGGAAAAUCACGUGUUUGACUGCACUGCCCAUUUAAAGGUGCUACAGGCCUACUGAUAGCAGUGAGCUUUUAGCCUACAGUUAAUUCUGUAUGUAGUUUGCUGGUAAUCCUCAGUGAUUUCAUUCUCACUUGAUCCUAUAAGACUUAGUACGGAAAAUCUACAUCUAACCGGGUCCGUUGCUAGUGUGUGUAGUCAGGAAACAAUCAUUGCGCUCUGCUCUUGAAAAGGGUACUUUUCUAAAUGGUGAUGAAAAAAGUACUAUUUUGCCUCCAACGUCCUUGCCUCCCUUUGUCUGUUUUUCGUUAUUAGAAUACCACCUUGGACACUGUUCUGUUUCAAGUAUCUGCCAAUGACGUAGAUUCUGGACCUGCUGCUGUUGUAAAGUACAGCAUUGAUGAGGUAAGUAUUGCUUUUGGACACAAAGGAGAUUUUCUGUAUUGAUACAUAAGUGAACCUGACUCAAAACAUAAACGGUGAACGGGGGGACCGCGUUACAUCCCCAACAUUAGUCACGUAGCAGAUAACAAUGCAAUCCCUUCUCAACAGACAUUGGGGCAAAUUAGAACAGACAAUAUGGCUUAAGAUUGUUAUAUCGACUACAUUUAUUUAAACCCAACCCUCUCCUCAUUUCUAGGCUAGUCCAAAUGAUGGACUAACUCAUUUUUCUAUCAAUGAGUAUAAUGGCGAAGUCAAACUGAUUAAAACACUGAGUUUUACCAGUUUGAGCACUUUCUAUCGGUUGAAGAUCAAGGCAACAGUAAGUAGCCCAUCUCAACACUUCUCUAUUCACUAGCCCAUCUCAACACUUCCCUAUUCACUAGCCCAUCUCAACACUUCUCUAUUCACUAGCCCAUCUCAACACUUCCCUAUUCACUAGCCCAUCUCAACACUUCCCUAUUCACUAGCCCAUCUCAACACUUCCCUAUUCACUAGCCCAUCUCAACACUUCUCUAUUCACUAGCCCAUCUCAACACUUCUCUAUUCACUAGCCCAUCUCAACACUUCUCUAUUCACUAGCCCAUCUCAACACUUCUCUAUUCACUAGCCCAUCUCAACACUUCUCUAUUCACUAGCCCAUCUCAACACUUCUCUAUUCACUAGCCCAUCUCAACACUUCUCUAUUCACUAGCCCAUCUCAACACUUCUCUAUUCACUGUAUCUUCACUAGUCACUUACUAGUCACUUACUGGAAGUGGUUUUCUGGAUUCCUAUAAAAACAAGUCCUUUCUGGAAUUGAUCAUGCUUUUUGGUCCAGUUGUGGGCUUAAUCUGAGAAACUGGCCUAUUAAAUGUGGUUUUCUGUUUGUGAUUGUGUUUCCCCUCACAGGAUGGUGGAGGCCCUGUGUAUAAUGAAGGAAUUGUUUAUCAGUCCAACACUGCCUUUGCCUUCAUCACCGUAGUGGACAUCCCAGACCUGGAUCCACAGUUUCUAAGCACUCCUUACGCGACCACUGUCAAUGAGCAUUCUCCUGUGGUGAGUCAGGUGUUGCCAAAAUUGGCACUUUCCCUUUAGUACAUAGUUCAACCGCCUGAGAAUGUGAAACGAUGUUCCCAUCGUGCGUUUCGACCAACAGCUAAGUCCUUUUUUAUUGGUUUACUGUUGUUGUACACAGCAGCUAGGUGCCGUAUUCCAGUACACACACAUCUUCCUAAAUAGAUAAACAAUUGUAAACGUUAAGGUCCCUAAUGGCACCCUUUACCUUAUUUGGUGCACUACUUUUUGAAACAGGGACAUUUACAACUUUUGGGGUGGCAAACAGGGGACAAAAGCCUUUGUUGACGUUUCAUUUCAGGGCCAGUCUGUGUUUAAAGUGCAAGCAAUUGAUCAGGACACAGGAAUCAAUGAUGUCAUCACCUACAGCAUUGAAGGUGAGCAAAACUACAUCUCUCUGAACAUCUGCUCAUUUCAGGUUGUUAGCGGGAAACAUCAGUCCAUCGCCGUUGUGCUGAAAACUCUUGAAAAGAUAAAGGAAUAAAAAUAUUUUAUAAAUAAAUUGUUGGAAUUAGGAUGAAGAUUGAACUCUGAUAAUAUGUUUUGUUAUUUUUUGCAGGUACCAAUGACCUGUUUGAGAUCACAGCCAGUAAUGGAAUCAUAACUGUCAAAAGUGAUAUCGACCGAGAGGCUUUGUCGGACAUCAAUUUCGUCGUCGUCCUUGAAGUGACGGUAUGCUUUUAUUGCUUAAUCCUUUACAGCAUUUCCAAAUGUAAUUAUCCGAAAGACAAUAUUUCAUUUUCGAGCUGACCUACUGUUAAUAAAACUACAAUUCCAGGCAACGGAGAAGAAUCCAAGUGUCCUGGGGACCCAAGCCCAAACCACUACUGAGGUGCGGAUUACCAUCGGUGACAUCAACGACAACAAGCCUAAAUUUUAUAGCUGCGGCGUGAAUCCCACCGAUCCCUGCGUGGAGGCCAGCAGCUUCACGGCCAACAUCUUUGAGCACUCCUCCAUGGGUGUUCCAGUCGACGGCCUCAACAUCAAAGCCAAAGAUCUGGAUCAGGUCAGAGUCCUUUAUAACAAAUAGGGUUGCAACAUUUUGGAAUUUUCUGGAACUAUUGGUUGGAAGAUUCCCGGAAUUAGGAGGGGAAAAGGAGUAAUGAAUAACAAAAUCUGGAAUCCUCCAACAAGGAUUACUGGAAAACCUGGGAUUUUUUAAAAAAGUUACCAGAAUUGUGCAACCCUAAUCACACAUGUGUAUUUAUCUUUUAAACAUCAAAGUCAUGUGAGAAAAUCGGUCAACGUCUGUAUUCUGAUGUAGGGAGACAAUGGAAGAUUCGAACUAAGCCUUGCCGGACCAGACAAGGAUGCGUUCAGUGUGUCGCCACAGAUUGCCUACUCAGAAAGCCCAGUUCAGAUCAUGGUCAAGAACUCCCAGGCUGUGGACUAUGAGACGAAGAAAUCAAUGGUUGUCCAGGUAAGAAGUAAAACUUUAUGUGUCCCAAAUGGCAACCUAUUCCCUAUUUAGUGCACUACUUUUCACCCAAUAAGGACCGGGUCAAAAGUAGGGUACUAUGUCCACAUAAUGUGGCAAACGUCUUCACUAUAUUUUGACUGACUGAAACCAUAGACAAACAGUCAAAUCAUCAAGAAUCACCAGGUCAUCAUAAUCAUUCAAAUACAUUUGACAACAUUUUCAAAGAAGAUGUGUGACAAGUUGAUUGAAGAAUUCAACCAGACAAACUAAGUGGUUUGGAGUGUGUCCAAUGCCAGAAUUAUCCUAGCUUUGCUGAAACAGGUUUUGUGCAUACAGGGUGAUUACUGAUGUGGAAGGAGGUAGCACUGCACCUUUCACACGGUAUAGCCAGGUGAACUUCGGACACGUGAGAGACAUUUAACGGUCUCUAACGGGCCGGUUGCCAAGCUGCAGAACGUGAACAAUGAUACCGCAUGAUCAACAAUACAUUGUACCCCAAAAAAAUAUUGUUUUGACGAUCAUAUCACCAUUUUCAAAAACCAACACUCUGUCUCAAAUGGCACCCUCUUCACCAAAUAGUGCACAGCUUUUUAACCCGAGGUUUACUUAUUGAUAUUCACCACAAAGAACCAACAUUCUAACUCUGUCCGAAAGUGUGUGUUUUAAACGUGAGGUGAGUCGUGGUUGUUUUUCCUGUGCAGAUUAUCGCCGAGGAUCUCUCCAACACGGUAGACUGCUGUUCCACGGCCACAGUCACCAUUCAGAUCACAGACAUUAAUGACAACAGCCCCACGUUCCCCAAAGAAACCUACGACCUCGAGGUUGAUGAGCACAGUGCUAAUGGAACCGCUGUGGACACGAUAACAGUAGGUCCAUUUUAUUGUUACCAUUCUGGCUGGAAUUCAACCAAUGUGCAAUGCGCACCGUGUUUGAUUUGAACGGUGUGUUGAAGUAUCCAGUGUUAAGUCACUCAACCCAGGACACACUGCUAUGUAAAAUCAAACACUCUUGUAAAAAAAUGUGAUUCGGCCUUUGAUUGUGUUCUUGCCUCUGUUUUGAUUGUUGCUGCUAAAUGUAUUGGAAGUACAAACACAAAACUCUACUCCCCCCCCCCCCCCCCCCCCCCCAGGCAACCGAUCCCGACACUAUGGAUAAAGACAGCAUCAGAUACAGACUUCUUCCAGACAGCAUGUAUGUACACUGCAUUCCAUCAUACUGUAUGUUGUAUUUGUAAUGAAUUCCAGGGUUUUCUUAUGUCUUUAUGAUUCUUCAUUAAUGUAGUUUCCUUUAUAAUAGGCUUUCAUACAACAUACAACAUUAACAAUAUACAGUAUAUCAACUUUGAUGUUGUCUGACAUUGGGGUGGCAAAGUUUGUUGAAACGAGACCCAAUACAUGAGAACUAAAUACUAAAAGGGAUUUCUGGUUUUCAGACUAAAGUACUUCGACGUGGAUGCAAAGACAGGGCGCAUCUUUGUGACAAACAGCAAACUGAUUGACCGCGAGGUCAUCUCCCUGCAUUCUGCAACUCUGCAAGCAAGAGACCAGGCCAACAACACGGGGACCACCGUGUUACAAAUCACACUGACAGACAUCAACGACCAGACACCACAGUUCAACAGAGAAUCCUACAUCGACUUUGUGAAAGAGGGCUCAAACCUGAGAAUUCAAGUACAGGUCAGUAUCUGCGUCUCUAUGCAAGUGGGUUUCCAAACCUCUCCUCGGGGACCCCCAGACGUUUUAUAAUGUUGUUGUAGCCCUGAACCAGCUCAACUGAUUCACCUAAUCAAGGACUUGAUGAUUAGUUGACAAGUUGAAUCCAAGUGUGGAAUAAGCAUUGUAAAAAAAGAAAUUGUUCUUUAAUUGACCCUUGUAUAAAUAAAUAAAAACAUGGAACGCCUGGGCGUCCCAGAGGAGAUGUUAGAAAACCCCUGCUCCACACCACAGGUGUCAAACUCAUUCCAUGGAGGGCUGAGAGUUUGCAGGGUUUUCACUCCUUCCUUGUACUUCAUUUAUCCAUUAAGGUCAGUGAUUAGUUAGGAACUUUCCUCACCUGGUGGUCUAGGUCUUCAUUGGACACAACAACAACCAGCAGCCACUGGGGCCCUCCAUGGAAUGAGUUUGAGACCCCUGCUCUACACGCAGUAACCAAAGGGUUAAUACCGCUCUACAGCUGACCCCUAUGUUGCUCUAUGGCAGACCCGUAGACCAGGAAAAUUCCAGUAACUUUCCAAAUAUUCCCAGGUUUUCUAAAAAUCCAGGUCAGAGGAUUCCAGAUUUCCUGCUUAUUCCGUACUGAAUUCCAGGUAUCUUCCAACUGGGAUUUCUGGAAAACCUAGGAAUUUGGGGAAAGUUACCAGAAUUUUGCUACCUAGAUAGACCUCUGUGCUGCUUCUAGUUGUUGAUGAUUUUCUUCCUUCUUCUCGUUUUUUCAGGCUACUGACAGAGAUGAGCCACCCAACAGCGAGAUCGAGUACGGAAUAGUGACCAGUGACUACAGUGCCAACUUCACCAUUGACCCCACCACAGGCUGGUUGGAGAACAAUGGCCCGCUAGACAGAGAGGCCAUGCAGGACGAGGAUAAUGGGCAGGUUAAGUUAAACGUGACAGCAACUGACAAAGGCAGCCCACCACUGUCCACCUGGGUGCCAGUCGUCAUCAAUGUGGAGGUAGGAUCACCGUCCAUCCCUCACAAACCUUUGAACGGAACAAGUGAACAGGUGUAUUGGUACCAAAACCCCAUGUCAUAUUUCUGGGCCCGUAUUCACAAAGUGUCUCAGAGUAGGAAUGUUAAUAUUGGAUCAGGUUCCCUUGGCAGCUCUGUUGCUAGGUCCGAAGCAACAUUGCAUUAAUUUUUUAAUUUGUUUGAUAUUUCUUACAUUAUUAGCCCAAAACGUAGUUUUUUUUUGCAUUAUUACAUACAGCCGGAAAUAACUUCUGGAUAUCAGAGCGGCGGUAACUCACCAGCAUUACGACCAGGAAUACGACUUUUCUGAAUUGGAUCAUUCGUUCGUACCCCCCCCCCCCCCCGCAAGGCAAUUGAACUUAUCCCUGAGGCUGCUCCAAGAUGCCACCAGCGGAGAAGAGGUAUUCGGAGUGGACUUCUAGUCCGACUCAGGAGGCGUGCACACCAUCCACUGCUUCCAAGUAUAUUACUCGCUAAUUUUCAGACCCUGGACAAUAAAGUAGACAAGCUCAGGGCGAGGAUCUCCUUCCAGAGAGACAUAAGGGACUGGAACAUACUUUCACGGAAUCAUGGCUCUCUCCAGAUAUACUACCCCGUCCAUACAGCCAGCUGGGUUCUCAGUACAUCGUGCAGAGAGGAAUAAAGAACUCGUGCAGAAAGAAUACGAGGUCAACAUUAACUGAUUUUUGUGUACUGUGACAGACAAGGAGCAGCAGCGCAUCCUAGUGGAGAACAGGAAAAGCGUGCAGACCUCAACGUUGGCUGCCCAAAAAGGGAUGAAAAUUAAGUUUCAAGGCGAGCCCAAGAAAACCACCUGAGUGGGGGUCACACAAUGUUCUACAGCGAGAAGAUGGCGGAGCUGAGAGCCGAGUCGAGCCACCUCAGCUCCAGGGAGUGCAUGUCCGUGGUCAGCCCACUGUGGAAGAAGCUGCCCCAGAAGGAAAAGGAAUGCUACCAGAUAAUGGCCCAGGAGAGGACCAGGGAGUACCAAGUAGAGCUACACAGCUGGUUUAAUACCAUGUUCCCAAAGGAACAGGCAAAGUACUUGGAGUAAAACCCAAAUAAAUUGAAAAUCCUCGACAACCCAGAGCAGGGAAGGAUGGCAAAGAAGGGCAGAACAUCAGACUCCGAGGAUGAAGACCUGGAGGACGACAUCGACACAUCCAGUGAUGAAGAGGAGGUAGAAGAUGACUCUGAUGAUGAUGAGGAGGAGGAUGAUGAUGAAGAUAUGACAGACAAGGAGCUCCAGUAGUAGCUCCAGUUCACUGAAUUAAUGUCAUGGGGUUAUGGACGGCAGGUAGCUUAGUGGGUAAGAGCGUUGUGCCAGUAACCGAAAGGUCGCUGGUUCUAAUCCCCGAGCCGACUAGGUGAAAAAUCUGUCGACGUGCCCUUGAGCAAGGCACUUAACCCUAAUUGCUCUGGAUAAGAGUGUCUGCUAAAUGACUUUAAAAUAAACAAAAAUAAAAAACUCUCCGGGAAGAAGAAAGGCAGAGGUGUAUGUUUCAUGACUAACUACUCAUUGUGUGAUUGUGGUAACGUACAGGAAGUCAAGUCCUUUUGUUCACCCGACCUAGAAUACCUCACAAUCAAAUGCCAUCCGCAUUCCCUCCCAAGAGAGCCGUGUAUAUUCCCCCUCAAGCCGAUACCACAACGGCCCACAAGGAACUACACUUGGUUUGUGCAAACUGGAAACCACAUAUCCUGAGGCCGCAUUUAUUGUAGCAGGGGAUUUUAACAAAGCAAAUCUAAGGAAAACGAUGCCGAAGUUCUGUCAAUACAUUGCCUGUAGUACUUCAGCUUCAAAAACUCUCGACCAUUGUUACUCUCCCUUCCGGGAUGGCUACAAGGCCCUCCCCCGCCCUCCCUUUGGCAAAUCAGAUCACGACUCCAUUCUGCUCCUCUCUUCAAACAGGAAGUACACGUGCUAAGGUCUAUUCAUCGCCGGUCUGACCAAUCGGAAUCCAUGCUUCAAGAUUGUUUUGAUCACGCGGACUGGGAUAUAUUCCGGGUUGCCUCUGAGAAUGACAUUGAUGUAUAUACUGAUACGGUGACUGAGUUCAUCAGGAAGUGUAUAGGGGAUGUUGUUCCCACUGUGACGAUUAAAUCCUACCCAAACCAAAAAUGUGGAUAGAUGGCAGCAUUCAUUCAAAACUGAAAGCGCAAACCAUCACAUCUAACCACGGCAAUGUGACUGGGAAUAUGGUUGAAUACAAACAGUCCAGUUAUGCCCUCCAUAAGGCAGUCAAACAAGCAAAACGUCAGGACAGAGACAAAGUCGAGUCACAAUUCAGCGGCUCAGACAUGAGACGUAUGUGGCAGGGACUCCAGACAAUCACGGAUUACAAAGGAAAACCCAUCCACGAAAUCAGCCAAGAGCUCAGAAAAAAAAUGGUAGACCUCCGCAAGUCUGGUUCAUCCUUGGGAGCAAUUUCCAAACACCUGAAGGUACCACGUUCAUCUUUACAAACAAUGGUACGCAAGUAUAAACACCAUGGGACCACGCAUGGGUCCUCUGUAGCUCAGCUGGUAGAGCACAGCGCUUGUAACACUAAGGUAGAGGGUUCAAUCCCCGGGACCACCCAUACACACAAAAAAAAUGUAUGCACGCAUGACUGUAAGUCGCUUUGGAUAAAAGCGUCUGCUAAAUGGCAUAUUAUAUUAUUAUUAUUAUACCGCUCAGGAAGGAGACGAGUUCUGUCUCCUAGAGAUUAAUGUACUUUGGUGCGAAAAGUGCAAAUCAAUCCCAGAACAACAGCAAAGGACCUUGUGAAGAUGCUGGAGGAAACAGGUAUAAAAGUAUCUAUAUCCACAGUAAAACGAGUCCUAUAUCGACAUAACCUGAAAGGCCGCUCAGCAAGGAAGAAGCCACUGCUCCAAAGCCGCCAUAAAAAAGCCAGACUACGGUUUGCAACUGCACAUGGGGACAAAGAUCGUACUUUUUGGAGAAAUGUCCUUUGGUCUGAUGAAACAAAAAUAGAACUAUUUGGCCAUAAUGACCAUCGUCAUGUUUGGAGGAAAAAGGGGGGGGGGGGCUUGCAAGCCGAAGAACACCAUCCCAACCGUGAAGCACAGGGGUGGCAGCAUCAUGCUGUGGGGGUGCUUUGCUGCAGGAGGGUCUGGUGCACUUCACAAAAUAGAUGGCAUCAUGAGGAAGGAAAAUUAUGUGGAUAUAUUGAAGCAACAUCUCAAGACAUCAGUCAGGAAGUUAAAGCUUGGUCGCAAAUCGGUCUUCCAAAUGGACAAUGAGCCCAAGCAUACUUCCAACGUUGUGGCAAAAUGGCUUAACGACAACAAAGUCAAGGUAUUGGAGUGGCCAUCACAAAGCCCUGACCUCAAUCCUAUAGAACAUUUGUGGGCAGAACUGAAAAAGCGUGUGCGAGCAAGGAGGCCUACAAACCUGACUCAGUUACACCAGCUCUGUCAGGAGGAAUGGCCCAAAAUUCACCCAACUUAUUGUGGGAAGCUUGUGGAAGGCUACACAAAACGUUUGACCCAAGUUAAACAAUUUAAAGGCAAUGCUACCAAAUACUAAUUGAGUGUAUGUAAACUUCUGACCCACUGGGAAUGUGAUGAAAGAAAUAAAAGCUGAAAUAAAUCACUCUCUCUACUAUUAUUCUGACAUUUCACAUUCUUAAAAUAAAGUGGUGAUCCUAACUGACCUAAGACAGGGAAUUGUUACUAGGAUUAAAUGUCAGGAAUUGUGAAAAACUGAGUUUAAAUGUAUUUGGGUAAGGUGUAUGUAAACUUCCGACUUCAACUGUAUAUAUAUAUAUAUAUACUGCAUUUAUACUCCGGUGUCCGAUAUUGCUCUUCCUAAUAUUAUAUAUUUCUUAAUUCCGCUCUUGUACUUUUAGAUUUUUGUGUAUUGUUUUGAAUUGUUAGAUAUUACUGCAGGAGCUAGGAACUGUUGGAGCUAGGAACUGUUGGAGCUAGGAACUGUUGGAGCUAGGAACACAAGCAUUUCACUACACCCACAAUAAUAUCUGCUAAAUAUGUGUGUGCGACCAAUAAAAGUUGAUUAGGUUUUUGAUUCGAUUUUGAUUUAGAAGGCUAACUGAUCCUAGAUCAGCAUUCUUAAUCUGAGAAGCUUUAUGCAUAUGGACCCAGACCUUGUAUCUGUUUUUAGACUGGAUAGACCUUUAGACAGAUUGAUUGGUGCAGUUUUUAAUGUGUAGGUGUGUCUUCUAGAGGUGAUUGGAAGUAAGAGGAAGGAUUUCGUUCCUUGUAUCUUUGUCAACCUCAUGAACAUGCUUUGUAAAUUGUAAAGCUUCACUCAUCUUCUACAUUCCAACCUAGGACAUCAACGACAACAAACCGAAGUUUAGAAAAACGUCUUACAAAUUCUCAGUGGAGGAGGGGAAGAAAGGUAAGCAUGUUUCUUUUUGUUGAAAUCAGACAUUUUGCCACCAUUACCCUGAUUAAAAGUCCAGGGAGGAUGUGGUUUAGUCCCCCUUCUCCUCAGAAAAACAUUUAUCAUCGCCUCAAACAGCUUUCUCCCCAAAAAACAUGCCUCUGGCCAAUUGCCAUGCCGUCAUUGUGAAUAGGAAUUUGUUCUAUGCUUGGUUGAUAAUAAAGGUUUAAUAAUCUAUCAAAACAUCUAGCUAAUCAUGAAUUCAAAAACCUAAGGCCGUCUCUUUCUGUCUGUCUCCAACAGCUGAAUUCGUGGGCUCCGUCCAGGCAGUGGAUUUAGACAAAACCAUCGACCACAACCGCAUCUCCUUCAGCAUCGUCAGCGGAAGCUUCGGACAAUUCAUCAUCCGAACCUUCAACGACCAACCCGACGGUUACAUCGGUAACAUCACGGUCGACCCGGACAUCGAGCUAGACUACGAAAGCAGCGUCAAUACCUUCAGUCUGAAAGUGGAGGCCAUGGACCUGGGAUCGAUGACGGACACCAUAACCGUGGAGGUGAUUGUGUUGGAUGUGAAUGAUGAGAGGCCCCAGUUCAAGCCCAUCGGCCCGCUGCUCGUAAAGGAGAACACCACUAUCACUGAAGCCGUGGGAAAGAUCAAGGCGGUGGACCUGGACAAAAAUCACUCUCUGGUCUACCAGCUGGUCUCCAGUAGGUGCCGCUGUAAUGGCUCCCUGGAUCUGGGCCCCUGCUCAGAGGACUGGUUCAACCUGGAGCCCACAGGGGAGAUCAUGCUCAACAAGGACUUUGUGAUCGACUAUGAGAUGUGUGACCAGGUUGAGCUGAAGGCCCAGGUGGUGGAUGAGUUCACCCAGAAAGGGGAGAACAACAGCGCAACACCAGGUUGGUUCAACUGGGUUUGGUCAGAUACUUCUGUUUUGGUCUAGGGCUGUAAAAUUCCCAGGUUGAAAGAUUCCCGGGAACAGGAGGGAAUAAGCAGGAACUCCAUGAAUCCUGCAACUGAGAUAUCUGGAAAACCUGGGAAUUUUGGGAAAGUUACCAGAAAUGUGCAACCCUAUUCUGUAACUAUUACUAUUGUUAAUAUCUACGUUUGUAACUUUAACAUAUUUCAAUGUAUUCUAACAAUUAAAAAUUCAUUUCAGGGAUUAUUGUGAUAAACAUUGAAGACAUCAAUGACAACGCCCCUGCCUUCGACAAAACAGAGUCCUUCUAUGGUAAAUAUGUUUCUAAACAUUCGGCACGUUGUAUGGUAAAUCUGAAUAUCCAAACAUCGUAUUUUUUUAUUAAUUUACUUUAUGAUAUUAAUCCACAUAGCUACAGAUUGACUUAACAGUGUUCUUAACCCACCUCUACAGUUGUGGUGUCAGAGAGUGCCUCUGUAGGCUCAGUAAUCGCCAGUGUCACUGUGAGUAUAACUGUGUAAAAUGGACAACAUCAGGUAUUUUCUAUUUGAUAAGGUAUAGCAAAACAAUGGCGGGGCACACAUUUCCUUUGUUUUCGAAUCUCACAAUGUAGCUUAAAAGGUAGACUUAGCAAUACGACGUCAUUACACACAGUGGGACAGCUUCUUGCUGUGCAGAAAUCAACAACAAGAAAAUGUUAAUCUAAUAUAAAGUGUAGCGUUUUAAUACAUUUAACUUGCCGUCUUGCUGUGAUAUGAGUUAUUAUGAAUUCCAGUCUUCCUUUUUUCCCUUUGAUAGGCCACAGACCGUGAUUCCGGGAAAAAUAGGCAAAUGACAUUUUCGAUAACAACUGUACAAUUCUGGGACGCCGUCAACAAUAAAACGACCAACGUGGAUAGAGUGUUACGAGUUGUCACCACACAGGAAGACGAUAAAUACGUCGGAAAUAUUCAGUGAGUAUAAAUGCUGUCCGGCAAGUCAUAUUUUAAUCUUUGAUUUCACUAUAAUUAAUAGCCACUGUGCGACAAAAAGUAAACAUUGUUUGUUAGGUUUUACGCUGUUAAGUUGACACUAUUGCAAUGGAUGCAGUAGACACAUUGAAAAUGACUUACAGAAAAAUAACAUGUCUUUCAACGUUGUAGGAACAAUGAAGUGCUAAAUAUCGAUGUAAAAGGAAAGUAUCUGGUGACAGUUGGGGCAACUAACACUGAAGAACCGAAACUCUUCUCCGAAACCAAACUGGAGGUAGGUGUAAAACUUACUGUAAUUCAUCCAUGUCUGCCUGCCUGCCUGUCUGUCUGUCUGUCUGUCUGUCUGAGUAACACUUUGUUUCACAUUCCCCUUUCCAGAUUUUCACAGUUGACAGGAGCUUAAAAGUGGAGCUUUUAUUUUCAAGAACAGUGGAAGAAGUUAAAGCGGCCCAAAGUCAGAUCGUACUGUAAGAGAUCUUUACUGCAUAUAUUCACUAUAUUACAAAACGUAGCAUAAAAAUGUAGUAACGUAAUAAACUACAGACAUGUAUUUAUAUUUAUUCAUUUAUACGUUUAACCAUUCAUGUGGAAGUUCCUAUAGGAAGGACUUUCAGAUUGAGAUUAUGUUGGCCAUGGCUGUUUACAAGUGUUCUAACCACAGCGUGGGUAAUAAAUAAAUUAAUUAACUUCGUAAAUGUUUCCUUGCAGGCUUCUCACCGCAGCAACACAGACGAAAGUGGAAGUGGUAAAGGUUAGGGCUGGCAAAGACAGUCUGGAAACCAGGUAAAAAUAUCACAUGACUACCAGGGGGGGGGGGCUGUGGUCAAUUCCAUUUCAAUUCAAGUCAAUUCCCGAAAGUAAACCAAAAUUCCAAUUCCAAAUGUUCCUAAUUGAAAAGCAUUGCAGAGAAUUAGAAUUGGAAUUUCAGUGUACUUCCUGAAUUGACUGGAAUUGAAAUGUAAUUGACCCCAGCCCUGACUGCUUACAUACCAACAUACUUCUUCUUCUUUCUGUUGAUGAAGGCCUCCAGGUGGUGCUCCCAUUACUACAGUAAAUGAAUGGAGCACCGUUCACUUCGGCACCAUUCUGUGUGUGUGUGUGUGUGUGUGUGUGUGUGUGUGUGUGUGUGUGUGUGUGUGUGUGUGUGUGUGUGUGUGUGUGAUCUGUAGAUCCUUGUCACUGCUCAAGUAGUUAAGAAAUACAUAAUUUUAAAAAAUGUGGAAAAUUAAGAAAGAAAAAAAUAUCCUUCAUUCUUUUGCAGGGAGACUGUCAAUACUGUGAUGGAGGUGUACUUUGUGAAUGCCAAUGGAACGGCCCUCGACUCUGCCUCUGCAGAGACUAUUCUGUCCAAUAGUGAUGAACGGUUCAAAUUACAGAUUGAAUAUGGCCUGAAAAAUAUAGUAAGUUUACUAUAGGAAACUAUUAUUAAACUAUUCCCUCAUGCUUGGACAUUACCAUACACAUACAAUACACAUCUAUUUCAAUAAACAAAUGUCACUUUUAAUUUAGAAUCUCAAGUAGUCUCCCGAACUCACUGAAUUGAAUUUGAAUUGUCUCCAACCCGGCCUUGGACAUGCUAAUGUCACACCCUGGCUCUGGGACUCUAUAUGCCAUGGACAUGCUAAUGUCACACCCUGGCUCUGGGACUCUAUAUGCCAUGGACAUGCUAAUGUCACACCCUGGCUCUGGGACUCUAUAUGCCAUGGACAUGCUAAUGUCACACCCUGGCUCUGGGACUCUAUAUGCCAUGGACAUGCUAAUGUCACACCCUGGCUCUGGGACUCUAUAUGCCAUGGACAUGCUAAUGUCACACCCUGGCUCUGGGACUCUAUAUGCCAUGGACAUGCUAAUGUCACACCCUGGCUCUGGGACUCUAUAUGCCAUGGACAUGCUAAUGUCACACCCUGGCUCUGGGACUCUAUAUGCCAUGGACAUGCUAAUGUCACACCCUGGCUCUGGGACUCUAUAUGCCAUGGACAUGCUAAUGUCACACCCUGGCUCUGGGACUCUAUAUGCCAUGGACAUGCUAAUGUCACACCCUGGCUCUGGGACUCUAUAUGCCAUGGACAUGCUAAUGUCACACCCUGGCUCUGGGACUCUAUAUGCCAUUGACAUGCUAAUGUCACACCCUGGCUCUGGGACUCUAUAUGCCAUGGACAUGCUAAUGUCACACCCUGGCUCUGGGACUCUAUAUGCCAUGGACAUGCUAACCCCUGGGACUCUAUAUGCCAUGGACAUGCUAAUGUCACACCCUGGCUCUGGGACUCUAUAUGCCAUGGACAUGCUAAUGUCACACCCUGGCUCUGGGACUCUAUAUGCCAUGGACAUGCUAAUGUCACACCCUGGCUCUGGGACUCUAUAUGCCAUGGACAUGCUAAUGUCACACCCUGGCUCUGGGACUCUAUAUGCCAUGGACAUGCUAAUGUCACACCCUGGCUCUGGGACUCUAUAUGCCAUGGACAUGCUAAUGUCACACCCUGGCUCUGGGACUCUAUAUGCCAUGGACAUGCUAAUGUCACACCCUGGCUCUGGGACUCUAUAUGCCAUGGACAUGCUAAUGUCACACCCUGGCUCUGGGACUCUAUAUGCCAUGGACAUGCUAAUGUCACACCCUGGCUCUGGGACUCUAUAUGCCAUGGACAUGCUAAUGUCACACCCUGGCUCUGGGACUCUAUAUGCCAUGGACAUGCUAAUGUCACACCCUGGCUCUGGGACUCUAUAUGCCAUGGACAUGCUAAUGUCACACCCUGGCUCUGGGACUCUAUAUGCCAUGGACAUGCUAAUGUCACACCCUGGCUCUGGGACUCUAUAUGCCAUGGACAUGCUAAUGUCACACCCUGGCUCUGGGACUCUAUAUGCCAUGGACAUGCUAAUGUCACACCCUGGCUCUGGGACUCUAUAUGCCAUGGACAUGCUAAUGUCACACCCUGGCUCUGGGACUCUAUAUGCCAUGGACAUGCUAAUGUCACACCCUGGCUCUGGGACUCUAUAUGCCAUGGACAUGCUAAUGUCACACCCUGGCUCUGGGACUCUAUAUGCCAUGGACAUGCUAAUGUCACACCCUGGCUCUGGGACUCUAUAUGCCAUGGACAUGCUAAUGUCACACCCUGGCUCUGGGACUCUAUAUGCCAUGGACAUGCUAAUGUCACACCCUGGCUCUGGGACUCUAUAUGCCAUGGACAUGCUAAUGUCACACCCUGGCUCUGGGACUCUAUAUGCCAUGGACAUGCUAAUGUCACACCCUGGCUCUGGGACUCUAUAUGCCAUGGACAUGCUAAAUAAUAUUCCUCUUGGACUGUGUCCAAAAUGACACCCUAUUCCUGAUGUUGUACACUAUUUUUGACCAGGGCUCUGGUGAAAAGUAGUGCACUACAUAGGGAAUAUGAUUCCUAUAGGGCAGGGUCCCCCCCCCCCCCCCCCCCCCCCCCCCCCCCAUGUUUUCUGAGCAACAUAAAAAAAAUGUGGGUGCAUUUUCAUUGUUAGACAUUUUAAAUAAAUUGUUAAAACACCAGGAAAUCCGCUCCAAGUGAUUUUUAAUUGGGGGAAAUCUGUUCCCAAGUAUUUCCACACAUAAUAGAGACACGUGAUCAUAUACAAAUAUAAGAAAGGUUUGAAAUGAUUAAUGUUUUAGUCAAACAUUAUAUCUGUUUGGGCUUCUUGCGGUCAAUUUGCAGUCUACAAAUGAUUUGUAAUUAUGUUCCUGGCCCCUCGACCAUCUGCUCAAGAACAAAUCGGCCCGCACCUGAAUCUAGUUGAUGAUCCCUGCUAUAGGGACUUCCACAUGAAUGGUUAAAUUUAUACAUGAAUACAUUUUUAAAAAAUGUCUGUAGUUUAUUAUGUUAUGCUAUUUUUAUGCUAUAUUUGUAAUAAAUAAUAAUAAUAUAAUAUGCCAUUUAGCAGACGCUUUUAUCCAAAGCGACUUACAGUCAUGUGUGCAUACAUUUUUACGUAUGGGUGGUCCCGGGGAUCGAACCCACUACCCUGGCGUUACAAGCGCCAUGCUCUACCAAUUGAUCUACAGAGGACCACCUAUGCAGUAAAGAUCUCUUACAGUACGAUCUGACUUUGGGCCACUAUAGGAAUGUUCCCCUGAGCUAGGGUUGCAAAAUUCUGGUAACUUUCCUUAAAAUGUCCAGGUUUUCCAGAAAUCCUUAUUGGAAGAUUCCCGGAAUCAGGAGGCAAUAAGCAAGAAUUCUGGAAUCCUCCUACAAUGAUUUCUGGAAAACCAGGGAAUUUGGGGAAAGUUACCGUAACCUACUCUGAACUCUGUGUGGUGUUGCAGGGGGGGACUGUGGUGACAGAGAAGAAGGUGGAUCCAGUACUGUUCGUUCUGUUGGGGCUGGUGGCGGGCCUCAUCAUCGUCCUGGCUGUCAUGACAACAUCUCUCGUCUGCACCCGCAGGAGGUAAGCUGAGUCCUGGGCACGUAUGUAUCAAACAUCUCAAGAGUGCUUAUCUAGGAUUAGUUUAGUCCUUUAGAUUAUAAUGAUAUGGACUGGGGGGACCUUAUCCUAGAUCAGCAUUCUGACAUGUUUGAUACUUAACGAUUCACUAAAUCAAAUACAAUUUUAUUUUUCACAUGCGCCGAAUACAACAGUGAAAUGCUUACUUAACCAACAGUGCAGAUUUUAUUUUAAGUAAGUUAAAAAAUAUGAAACAAUAAAAAGUAGCACAGUAAAAUAACGAUAAUGAGGCUAUAUACAGGAAGUACCAGGUAGUAAUGAGGCUAUAUACAGGGGGUACCAGGUAGUAAUGAGGCUAUAUACAGGGUGUACCAGGUAGUAAUGAGGCUAUAUACAGGGGGUACCAGGUAGUAAUGAGGCUAUAUACAGGGGGUACCAGGUAGUAAUGAGGCUAUAUACAGGAAGUACCAGGUAGUAAUGAGGCUAUAUACAGGGGGUACCAGGUAGUAAUGAGGCUAUAUACAGGGGGUACCAGGUAGUAAUGAGGCUAUAUACAAGGGGUACCAGGUAGUAAUGAGGCUAUAUACAGGGGGUACCAGGUAGUAAUGAGGCUAUAUACAGGGGGUACCAGGUAGUAAUGAGGCUAUAUACAGGAAGUACCAGGUAGUAAUGAGGCUAUAUACAGGAAGUACCAGGUAGUAAUGAGGCUAUAUACAGGGGGUACCAGGUAGUAAUGAGGCUAUAUACAGGGGGUACCAGGUAGUAAUGAGGUUAUAUACAGGGGGUACCAGGUAGUAAUGAGGCUAUAAUAGAAAGAGGAGUGGGAGGCCCAGGUGCACAACUGAGCAAGAGGACAAAUACAUUAGAGUGUCUAGUUUGAGAAACAGGCGCCUCACAGGUCCUCAACUGGCAGCUUCAUUAAAUAGUACCCGCAAAACACCAGUCUCAAGGUCAACAGUGAAGUGGAGACUCCGGGAUGCUGACCUUCUAGGCAGAGUUGCAAAGAAGAAGCCAUAUCUCAGACUGGGCAAUAAUAAGAAAAGAUUAAGAUGGGCAGUCUGAGAUAUGGCAUUUUCUUUGCAACUCUGCCUAGAAGGUCAGCAUCCCGGAGUCGCCUCUUCACUGUUGACGUUGAGACUGGUGUUUUGGGGGUACUAUUUAAUGAAGCUGCCAGUUGAGGACCUGUGAGGCGCCUGUUUCUCAAACUAAUAGCCUUUAUUUCUCAGAAUAAGAAUAGACUGACGAGUUUCAGAAGAAAGUUCUUUGUUUCUGGCCAUUUUGAGCAUGUGACAUUCUGGUAGAAAUUAGGUAAAACGGAUGUACGUUUUCAUUAAAGUCCCCGGCCACUAGGAGGGCCACACCUGGAUGAGCAGUUUCCUGUUUGCUUAUGGCCUUAUACAGCUCGUUGAGUGUGGUCUUAGUGCCAGCAUCGGUUUGUGGUGGUCAAUAGACGGCUAUGAAAAAUAUAGAUGAAAACUCUCUUGGUAAAUAAUGUGGUCUACAGCUUAUCAUGAGGUACUCUACCUCAGGCGAGCAAAACCUAGAGACUUCCUUAAUAUUAGAGAUUGCGCACCAGCUGUUCUUGACAAAUAGACACAGACCACCACCCCUCGUCUUACCGGAGGUAGCUGUUCUGUCCUGCCGAUGCACGGAAAACCCAGCCAGCUCUAUAUUAUCCAUGUCGUCGUUCAGCCAUGACUCGGUGAAACAUAAUAUAUUACAGUUUUUAAUGUCCCGUUGGUAGGAUAGUCUUGAAAGGAGCUCAUCCAGUUUAUUCUCCGGUGAUUGUACGUUCGCCAGUAGGACGGAUGUUAAAGGCGGAUUAUCCACUCACUGACGAAUUCUCACCAAGCACCCGGAUCUGCUCCACCUGUAUCUGCGUCUCCACUUCAUGCGAAUGACAGGGAUUUGGGCCCGGUCCGGUAGGAGCUGUAAAUCUUUCACCUCCAAUUCGUUAAAUAAAACAUCUUUGUCCAGUCUGAGGUGAGUAAUCGCUGUUCUGAUGUCCAGAAGCUCUUUUCGGUCAUAAGAGACGGUGGCAGAAAACAUUAUGUACAAAAAAAGUUACAAACAAAAAAAAAUACACACAGAACAGCACGAUUGGUUAAAAGCCCGUAAAACGGCCAUCCCCUCAUCCUCUCAUCCUCUCAUCCCCUCAUCCUCUCAUCCCCUCAUCCCCUCAUCCCCUCAUCCCCUCAUCCCCUCAUCCUCUCAUCCCCUCAUCCCCUCAUCCCCUCAUCCUCUCAUCCCCUCAUCCUCUCAUCCCCUCAUCCCCUCAUCCUCUCAUCCCCUCAUCCCCUCAUCCCCUCAUCCCCUCGUCCUCGCCAUUAUGGUCCUAAGAAGAAAUCUGAGAAGUUCUUAAGAAAUUCGGAGGGAUUACAAUUUAUGAUCAAUCUUCUUCAGAACACUAUCAAAAGCAGCUCAAGGCAUUGUGCUUCAUGUGGUCCUCUGUAGCUCAGUUGGUAGAGCACGGCUCUUGCAAUGCCAGGAUAUUAGGUUCAAUUCCCAGGACCACCCAUAUGUAAAACAUUUAUGCACGCAUGACUGCUUUGGAUAAUAGUGUCUGCUAGAUUGCUAGAUAUUAUUAUAUACACAGAACAAAAAUAUAAAUGCAACGUGCAACAAUUUCAAAGAUUUUACUGCGUUAAAGUUCUCAUAAGGAAAUCAGUCAAUUGAAAUAAAUUCAUUAGGCAAUCAUCAAUGGAUUUUACAUGACUGGGAAUACAGAUACAGUUGAAGUCGGAAGUUUACAUACACUUAGGUUGGAGUCAUUAAAACUUGUUUUUCAACCACUUGUUUUUCAACCAAACUAAAGUUUUGGCAAGUCGGUUAGGACAUCUACUUUGUACAUGACACAAGUAAUUUUUCCAACAAUUGUUUACAGACAGAUUAUUUCACUUAUAAUUCACUGUAUCACAAUUCCAGUGGGUCAGAAUUUUACAUACACUAAGUUGACUGUGCCUUUAAACAGCUUGGAAAAUUCCAGAAAAUGAUGUAAUGGCUUUAGAAGCUUCUGAUAGGCUAAUUGACAUAAUUUGAGUCAAUUGGAGGUGUACCUGUGGAUAUAUUUCAAGGCCUACCUUCAAACUAAGUGCCAUUUUGCUUGACAUCAUGGGAAAAUCAAAAGAAAUCAGCCAAGACCUCAGAAAAACAAUUGCAGACCUCCACAAGUGUGGUUCAUCCUUGGGAGCAAUUACCAAACGCCUGAAGGUACCACGUUCAUCUGUACAAACAAUAGUACGCAAGUAUAAACACCAUGGGACCACGCAGCCGUCACACCGCUCAGGAAGGAGACGCGUUCUGUCUCCUAGAGAUGAACGUACUUUGGUGCGAAAAGUGCAAAUCAAUCCCAGAACAACAGCAAAGGACCUUGUGAAGAUGCUGGAGGAAACAGUUACAAAAAUAUCUAUAUCCACAGUAAAACGAGUCCUAUAUCGACAUAACCUGAAUGGCCGCUCAGCAAGGAAGAAACCACUGCUCCAAAACCGCCAUAAAAAAGCCAGACUACGGUUUGCAACUGCACAUGGGGGCAAAGAUCGUACUUUUUUGAGAAAUUCCCUCUGGUCUGAUGAAACAGAAAUAUAACUGUUUGGCCAUAAUGACCAUUGUUAUGUUUGGAGGAAAAAGGGGGUCGCUUGCAAGCCGAAGAACACCAUUUCAACCGUGAAGCACGGGGGUGGCAGCAUCAUGCUGUGGGGGUGCUUUGCUACAGGAGGGACUGGUGCACUUCACAAAAUAGAUGGCAUCAUGAGGAAGGAAAAUUAGGUGGAUAUAUUGAAGCAACAUCUCAAGACAUCAGUCAGGAAGUUAAAGUUUGGUCGCAAAUGGGUCUUCCAAAAGGACAAUGACCCCAAGCAUAAUUCCAACGUUGUGGCAAAAUGGCUUAAGGACAAAAAGUCAAGGUAUUGGAGUGGCCAUCACAAAGCCCUGACCUCAAUCCUAUAGAAAAUGUGUGGGCAGAACUGAAAAAGCGUGUGCGAGCAAGGAGGCCUACAAACCUGACUCAGUUACACCAGCUCUGUCAGGAGGAAUGGGCCAAAAUUUAACCAACUUAUUUUGGGAAGCUUGUGGAAGGCUACUGGUUAGUUAGUAUGGGUAACUAUUAUGGGUUAGUUAGUGUGGGUUAGUUAGUAUGGGUAACUAAUAUAGGUUAGUUAGUAUGGGUAACUAGUAUGGGUUAGUUAGUAUGGGUAACUAGUAUGGGUUAGUAAGCAUGGGUAACUAACCAAUGGAUGGUAACAUUUUACAGCUACAGAACGAAGCUGAAGGCAGCUAAAGCCAUGAACUCAGCAGCCAAGGUGGUGACUGGUGGAGAUCAGAAGAGUGGGCCUGUCGUUCCUGGAACCAACAAGUACACCAUGGAGGGGUGAGUCCUGUCCUCCACACAUAGACUGCAUCCCAAAUGGCACCCUAUUCCUUACAUAGUGCACUAGUUUUGACCCGAGACCCAUAGGGUGCAUCCAAUAAUUACACAAUAACACACAGUGCAGUCGGAAAGUAUUCAGACCCCUUGACUUUUUCCCACAUUUUGUUACAUUACAGCCUUAUUCUAAAAUUGAUAAAAUAGUUUUUUCCCCCCUCAUCAAUCUAUACACAAUACCCCAUAAUGACAAAGCAAAAACAGGUUUUUAGAAAUGUUUGCAAAACUGAAAUAUCACAUUUACAUAAGUAUUCAGACCCUUUACUCAGUACGUUGUUGAAGCACCUAAAUAAAACAUUUUCCUCAUCGAUCUGCACACUAUACCCCAUAAUGACAAAGCAAAAACAGUUUUUUAAAUGUAUUAAAAAUAACAAAUGAAAUACCUUAGUUACAGAACCUUUGGCUUUGAGACUCGAAAUUGAGCUCAGGUUCGUCCUGUUUCCAUUGAUCAUCCUUGAGAUGUUUCUUCAACUUGAUUGGAGUCCACCUGUGGUAAAUUCAAUUGAUUGGACCUGAUUUGGAAAGUCACACACCUGUCUAUAUAAGGUCCCACAGCUGACAGUGCAUGUCAGAGCAAAAACCAAGCCAUGAGGUUGAAGGAAUUGUCCGUAGAGCUCAGAGACAGGAUUGUGUCGAGGCACAGAUCUGGGGAAGGGUACCAAAAACAAAAUUGUGCAUCAUUGAAGGUCCCCAAGAACACAGUGGCCUCCAUCAUUCUUAAAUGGAAGAAGUUUGUAACCACCAAGACUAUUCCUAGAGCUGGCCUCCCGGCCAAACUGAGCAAUCGGGGGAGAAAGGUCUUGGUCAGGGAGGUGACCAAGAACCCGAUGGUCACUCUGACAGAGCUCCAGAGUUCCUCUGUGGAGAUCGGAGAACAUUCCAGAAAGAUAACCAUCUCUGCAGCACUCCACCAAUCAGGCCUUUGUGGUAGAGUGGCCAGACGGAAGCCACUCCUCAGUAAAAGGCACAUGACAGCCCACUUGGAUUUUGCCAAAAGGCAUCUAAAGGACUCAGACCAUGAGAAACAAGAUUCUCUGGUCUGAUGAAACCAAGAUUUGGACUGAAUGCCAAUCGUCACGUCUGGAGGAAACCUGGCACCAUCCCUACGGUGAAGCAUGGUGGUGGCAGCAUCAUGCUGUGGGGAUGUUUUUCAGCGGCAGGGACUGGGAGACUAGUCAGGAUCGGGGGAAAGAUGAACGGAGCAAAGUACAGAGAGAUCCUUGAUGAAAACCUGCUCCAGAGUGCUCAGGACCUCAUAGUGGGGCGAAGGUUCACCUUCCAACAGGACAACGACCCUAAGCACACAUCCAAGACAAUGCAGGAGUGACUUCGGGACAAGUCUCUGAAUGUCCUUGAGUGGCCCAGCCAGAGCCCGGACUUGAAUCCGAUCGAACAUCUCUGGAGAGACCUGAAAAUAGCUGUGCAGCGACGCUCCCCAUCCAACUUCACAGAGCUUGAGAGGAUCUGCAGAGAAGAAUGGGAGAAACUCCCCAAAUACAGGUGUGCCAAGCUUGUAGCGUCAUACCCAAGAAGACUCAAAGCUGUAAUCGCUGCCAAAGGUGCUUCAACAACGUACUGAGUAAAGGGUCUGAAUACUUAUGUAAAUGUAAUAUUUCCGUUUUUCAUUUUUUUAUAAAUUUGGUGAAAUUGAUAAAAAUCUGUUUUUGCUUUGUCAUUAUGGGGUAUUGUAUGUAGAUUGAUCAUGGGGAAAAAACAAUUUAAUCCAUUUUAGAAUAAGGCUGUAACGUAACAAAAUGUGGAAAAGGUCAAGGGGUCUGAAUACUUUCUGAAGGCACUGUAUUUUAAUUGUAACACAAAUGUAAUUUAACAUGUAAAAAAUCCAUUCCACCCUGUCUUUGCUUUCACAAAAACCUGAAAAGCUAGUUUGGAGUGCAUGUUUAGUGCAUGUUUAGUGCAUGUUUAGUGCAUGUUUAGUGCAUGUUUAGUGCAUGUUUAGUGCAUGUUUAGUUUUUAGUACAUAGCACAUUUCAGAUGUAUUGAAAACCAGGUUAUCAAGUCAUUUCACAUGUUAGAAUUGCCAAUGUAUUAGGGAAGUAGGGUAGCCUCACAGUGUUGUCUCUGACCCUGGGUGUGUGUCUAGGGGUAACAGUGUUGUCUCUGACCCUGGUUGUUGUCUAGGUGGUAGACAGGUUGUCAUCUGUACCUGGUGUGUGGUGCAUAGGGGUAACCAAGUGUUGUCUCUGACCCUGGGUGUGUGUCUAGGGUAACAGUGUUGUCUCUGACCCUGGUGUUGUGUCUAGGGGUAACAGUGUUGCUCUGACCCUGGGUUGUGUGUCUAGGGGUAACAGUGUUGUCUCUGACCCUGGGUGUGUGUCUAGGGUAACAGUGUUGUCUCUGACCCUGGGUGUGUGUCUAGGGUAACAGUGUUGUCUCUGACCCUGGGUGGUGUGUCUAGGGGUAACAGUGUUGUCUCUGACCCUGGGUGUGUGUCUAGGGGUAACAGUGUUGUCUCUGACCCUGGGUGUGUGUCUAGGGGUAACAGUGUUGUCUCUGACCCUGGGUGUGUGUCUAGGGGUAACAGUGUUGUCUCUGACCCUGGGUGUGUGUCUAGGGUAACAGUGUUGCCUCUGACCCUGGGUGUGUGUCUAGGGGUAAACAGUGUUGUGCCUCUGACCCUGGGUGUGUGUCUAGGGGUAACAGUGUUUGUCUCUGACCCUGGGUGUGUGUCUAGGGUAACCAGUGUUGUCUCUGACCCUGGGUGGUGUGUCUAGGGGUAACAGUGUUGUCUCUGACCCUGGGUGUGUGUCUAGGGGUAACAGUGUUGUCUCUGACCCUGGGUGUGUGUCUAGGGGUACAGUGUUGUCCUCUGACCCUGGGUGUGUGUCCUAGGGUAACAGUGUUGUCUCUGACCCUGGGUGUGUGUCUAGGUGUAACAGUGUUGUCUCUGACCCUGGGUGUGUGUCUAGGGUAACAGUGUUGUCUCUGACCCCUGGGUGUGUGUCUAGGGGUAACAGUGUUGUCUCUGACCCUGGGUGUGUGUCUAGGGGUAACAGUGUUGUCUCUGACCCUGGGUGUGUGUCUAGGGGUAACAGUGUUGUCUCUGACCCUGGGUGUGUGUCUAGGGGUAACAGUGUUGUCUCUGACCCUGGGUGUGUGUCUAGGGGUAACAGGUUGUUGUCUCUGACCCGGGGGGUGUCUAAGGGGUAAGUGUUGUCUCUGGACCCUGGGUGUGGUGUCUAGGGUUAACAGUGUUGUCUCUGACCUGGGUUGUGUGUCUAGGGGGUAACAGUGUUGGUCUCUUCUGACCCGGGUGGUGUGUGUAGGGGUACGGUGUUGUCCCUCUGACCCUGGGUGUGUGUCUAGGGUAACAUGUUUGUCCUCUGACCCUGGGUUGUGUGGUCUAGGGGUACAGUGGUGUCUCUGACCCGGUGGUGUUAGGGGUAACAGUGUUGUCCUCUGACCCUGGGUUGUGUCUAGGGGUAACAGUGGUUUGUAUCUGACCCUGGGGUGUGUCUAGGGGUACAGUGUUGUCUCGACCCUGGGUGUGUGGUCUAGGGGUAACAGUGUUGUCUCUGACCCUGGGUGUGGUGUCUAGGUGUAACAGUGUUGUCUCUGACCCUUGGUGUGUUCUGGGGUACAGUGUUUGUCUCUGACCCUGGGUGUGGUCUAGGGUAACAGUGUUGUCUCUGACCCUGGGUGUGUGUCUAGGGGUACAGUGUUGUCUCUGACCCUGGUGUGUGUCUAGGGUAAACGUGUUGUCUCUGACCUGGGUGUGUCUAGGGGUAACAGUGUUGUCCUGACCUGGGUGUGUGUCUAGGGUAACGAUGUUGUCUCUGACCCUGGUUGUGUCUAGGGUAACGUGCUCACCUGAUGGGUCUAGUAACACGUCAGUGCAUCUGACCUGGUGUUUACUAGGAGUACAUGUGUACUACCUACGACCGUGUUCUAGGGUACACACAUGUGUCUCUGACCACGGAUGUGUACAGGUCUAACGUGUGUGCUCUCUGACCACUCUGAUUCUAGGCUAACCUGUACUCACCUGACUACACGUACACUCACACCUACUUCGACUAACUACUGACUACGUACACACUAUCUACCUACUGUAGCACGACACGUAUUCUACGACUACACUGAUCUACACUACUCUACACUACCACACUACCUACUCUACACACUACACUACACACACACGACUACACUACCUACCACAUACACGACUACAUACACAGCCUAUGACUCUACACACACACACACUACACUACCACUAACACUACACACACACUACACUACACUACACUACACUACACUACACUACUACACACACUACACUACCACUACUACACACCUACCUCACUCUACACUACACUACAACACCUACACUACCUACACUCCUACACACACUACAUCUCUACACUACCUACACACCUACACUACACCUACUACACUACACUACUCUACACUACACUACACUACACUACACUACACUACCACUACAUACACUACUCUACCUACUACACUACACACUACACUACACUACACUACACACUACACUACCUACUACACCACUACACUACCUACUACACUACACUACACACUACACACUACACUAAACACUACAUACUACACACACUACCACUACACUACACUAACCUACACACUACACACACUACACUCAACAAACUAACACAAACACUUACACUAACUAACUACUCACUACACUACACUACACUACUACACUACACUACACUACACUACACUUACUACACUACACUACUCUACACUACAACCCACUCCACUACACUACACUACACAACACUAACCUACACUACAUCACUACCUACAACUACACUACACUAACUACUCUACACUAACACUACCCUACUCUACACCUACACUACACACACUACACUACACUACACUACCUACCUACACACAACCACACUACACUACACACACACACACACACUACACUACACUACACCCAAACUACACACACCACACUACACUACACUACACUAUUCUACACUACACUACUCUACACUACUCUACACUACACUACACUACACUACACUAUUCUACACUACACUACUCUACACUACACUACUCUACACCACACUACACUACACUACACUACUCUACACUACACUACACUACUCUAAUCUACACUACACUACACUACACUACACUAUUCUACACUACACUACUCUACACUACAGAGCCAUGUGAACAUGUGUAGAUGUGGGUGUCAUCUGAGACACAGACAUAUCCACGUGUAUUUACGCAUCACCAUUAAAUCCAGCACUUUCCUAUCACGCAACCAAGACAGUGUUACAACAUGUCUAUACUGGUAAUGUUCUUUGAUCGUUGUCCUCCAUUGGACAGUAUUGAGUUAUUACUGUUAACAUUAAUGAAGAUGUCGUCGUCAUGACCUCACUUGUAUAUGACUCUAAUUUAGUGCAUUUCUUUUUAAAUUCAAGCCUCAAUUCCUUGGACUACAACAUGGACAUGGUCAUGUCUGACAAGGAUACAAUGCCCAUGAUGGUAACGUUAUAGUUAUUAUUAUUAUUAUUAUUAUUAUUAUUAUUAUUACUAUGUUAUUACCAUUAUUCUGGAUGGUCAUGCCUGUCUCCUCCCUGUGUAGAUGAUCCAGGAGGAGGAUGAGGAGUGGGGAGCAGAUAACGCCUACAGCGAGCCUCUAGGUGAAGCCUUGGCCCAGCGUGGCAGGAAGAAAGACAACGACAGCCCUAGUUUCUCCUUCGCCAGCCCUUCACUCAGCACCACAGACCUGUGAGUGGCCGCCAUCUUGGGUCAGUUUCACUGAGCUGUGACGGCCAUUUUGGGUCAGUAUCACUGACCUUUUUGGGGGGGCAGUACCGCUGAGCUGUGACGGCCAUCUUGGGAUCUAAGACACUGAACGCGGGUCCUGGAAAAGGAUGAUGACGAACUCUGUGAUAGAUAGACAAUCUGGCUUUUGAGAUUAAAUCAAGCUCAAUCAAAUAUUUUGUUUGUGUUGAUCCACUCGUUUUUAUGUUACUAUUUGAUUAAAUUGAGGGAAUAUUUCCAUACGUAACCAUUUUAUCACAACACAUAGUACAGUGAUCUUAAAUCGUCCGGCUUGCUAUUGGCUGCUACGGUAAAUCACAAGCUAGCCAGCUUUUCGCCAAGAGUGCCAAUGUCCUCAUGAAUCCAUUGUUUUUAGCUGAACAACAUCAACCUAAAGGGACAGUGAAAAACAUGACACUUUGGGAUAAAAAGCAAAAAUAAAAUGUUUUCGUUGCGAAUCACUUUAUUAUUAUUUUUUCGGAAUAUGUAAAGAUUUGAUUGAUAUUUUGAAUACAUUAUGCUUUGUGAUGUCAUGUUUUUUUAUUUUAAUUUCAUUCCGUGUUUUCCGUUCUAAUGAAACUAAGCAUUUGUAUCUGGAUUCCUGUGUUUUUUUUUUAGUACGACCCUUCAAGUGUAGGAACUUCAAGCAGUAACUUCUAAACACGUCUCUAUAUUCCUACUCAACAUGUAAUUGGUGCCUGGUGUUUGUGAGUUUAAGUGAGGGUGUAAGUGGGGUUGCGUGAGAGCUGAGGCUAACCCUAAAGCGAUACAGGUGUGGAGGAGUGUGUUGAAUUGAUCAUUUCAGAUAUUCGGAUCAGAUGUAUUAAAAUGAAGGCAAGUGUAAUCAUCUAAUAAAAUGGGUUUUUCUUCAAAUA